AUGUGGAAGGACUACAGCAACGAUGAUGCCAGGUCCGUGGCCUCCAGCGGCGGCUCCUCUCGCAGCGCCAGCCGCAGGAAGAGAACCAGCUUCUCCAAAGAACACGUGGAGCUCCUGCGCGUCACCUUUAAGACCGACCCGUACCCUGGCAUCAGCCUCAGAGAGAGCCUGUCCCAGACCACAGGCCUGCCGGAGUCACGCAUCCAGGUGUGGUUUCAGAACAGAAGAGCUCGCACCUUGAAGUGCAAGGGGGCUAAGAAAGCGCUGUGGCUGUCUGAUAGCCCGGUGCAUGAUGGUCUACCUUCACCUCACGCUGUAGUCAGCAGGGGCUCGCAGCAUAGCUUGGUCCAUCUGCCGACUCACGGCCCUCCACCAACCUACCCAACCCAUGUGAAGGAGGAGAUGGGGGAGGCCUACUACUACGGACAUCCUCCAGCGUACUCCACCAUCGAGGAGCAUGGACACUAUGGCUCCAUGUACGGGCUUCAGCAUAGCAGACCGCUAAGAUGCACCUCCAGCCCACCCUUGAGGGGCUUCUGGUCCCAACCAGGACGCCAAACCUCCCCAAUCCCGCCUCAGUGGUGCCACUCUCCCCUGGAGAUGAGAAACUACGGCUCCAACUCCAGUCAGGCAGCCUUCAUGUAUCCAGGAUCAGCAGAGCAGCAGAUGUACAUGCCCCGCUCCACCUCCCACUCCUCAACGCCAGACACCCCUGAUUCUGGAUACUGGGAUGUCAGUAUGGAGAGCAACCCACCAGUAGAAAGCAAGUACUCGCAGCUGGAGGAUUCGUGGAGCGGGGCUGCUCUGGAAGGCUACGGGGAGUCCGGACCUCCAGCGCCGGUCCAGCUCGUCCCCCUUCCCGAGCUGUCCCUGCAGGAGAUUCUGGGGGAGCUGCAUGAGGACUGGUUGGGAGGAGAAGGACUGGACAGCCAUGCGACUGGGGAUAAAAUGUCUUUCUGCUAAUGACUCUGUCAUAAGG